AUUUUCUAAACCUACCUCUUGUCCAGCAGUAUGAAGAGCUGGAUCGCUUUCUGGUUCUGUCUGUCGUUUGGAGCGCUGCAAACAGUUUCACCGCACUAUUUCAACUCAGAUCAACAUGUAAAAUUCUACCUGUUCACUGCUGAUGAUCCGACGUUUCCUCAAUUAUUGCAAUGGAGCAAUCCGGAGACUAUCAAAAAAUCCCGCUUCCAUCCGGCCGAUCCUACCCGGUUCAUCAUACACGGCUACCAGGGAGGAUUCCACUCGGAUAUGAAUUCGAAGUUUCGUAACGGGUACUUUAAAAUUGGCCAUUUCAACGUGAUCGUCGUUGACUGGGGAGAAGGAGCGAAAGACUAUUGGCAAUUUGUCAGACCGCAGGUGCCUAACAUUGGGCGAACCAUCGCAAAAAUGAUCGAUCUUCUGGUACAAGUUACCGGAAUGUCGCUCGUUAGUGUCAGCUUAAUAGGACAUUGCUUGGGAGCACACAUAGCCGGAGCGGCAGGCAGAGCUGUACAUGGUCAAAUUGGUACCAUAAUUGGUUUGGAUCCGGCUGGGCCCGAUUUCGUUAAGGGUGGUCCAGAUACACUGACGCCGCAGGAUGCUGAAUACGUCGAAGUCAUCCACACCAGUGCAGCGUACGGAUUUUGGGGACUCAUAGGCACUGCUGACUUUUUCGUGAAUGGAGGCGGGUAUCAGCCCAGCUGUGGCACAGUCCCACACAUUUGUCCUCAUCAUAGGGCGAUUGAUUAUUUUUCAGAGUCCAUAUCGAGUAGAACGGGUUUCUGGGGUCGAAGAUACAAUACGUGGCACGAUAUGGUAGAUAACAAACCCGUAAGUGGGGAGUGCCGUCGAAUGGGCGGUGAACCGUCAAACUUCAGACAGGGAGUUUCGGGAAUAUUCAAUGUCGUAACGGCAAUUUACGUUCCCUAUGCGUUGGGACCGUGUCAAGCGUACUCGCCAAGAAAUAAUUAAAUUUAAACGAAUGACAUGUGAAGCAGCUUGGGUGUAAACAUAUAUUGCUUGAAUCGAAAAGUUGAUUGAAAAUCAAAAUAAAAUCAUGGCACGUAAAUAGAGCAUCACAAAGCGUGUGAUUUUACACUUAUCAAAUUUAUUGGUAUUCAAGCAGCGUGUAAAAUUAUAAGAAAAUUAAAAAAGCACGUGUUUGUGAAAUGAUUUAAUUUUACAUGUAUUUUCAUGCUCCUGAUAUCCUUGUGCAUGAAAAUAAAUAUAAAACUACAAAAUAUUAUUUUCUGCGAAUUAUAUGCGAGUUAAACCGAAACGUCACACCCAAAAGAAUAAAAUGAAAAACGUAGAAAAUAGCUG